AACCUUGGGCUUUGUCUCUGUUUCUAUGGGGGAGUAUAAAAGUGUUGCGCCUUAUAUUAGAGUUGAGUUGAAGGCUGAAGUUAGCGGACCUGGCUGUUGCUAGUUAUUGUUUUUUUUAAUACGUUUGAAUAUCAUUUUUAAACACCGUACCGCUGAAUGUGUUGAUUGUUCAGGAGUUUUAGCAAUGGCGCUGAAACAUUUUCCGACUCUGACACACAUUGUAGGGGCUUCCUAUAAAAGUAAAACAUUUGGACGGUCGACAAAGGCAAGUUUGUUGUUGGGGAAACCCUUCAGCACUCCGACGGGAGGUGAAGACACAGGAGCAGUUGCGGGACAGACUGUGGUCACGGAGCGCAAGGGGUCUGUGGUUACCGUGGGGAUAAACCGCCCAGAGGUGCGUAAUGCGGUGAACCAGGAGACGGCGAGGCGUCUGCUGGAAGAGCUGGAGGCCUUCGACCGUGCACCAGAUUUGAACGUGGCUGUGCUGCAUGGGAAAGGAGGGAAUUUCUGCGCUGGUUAUGAUCUGAAAGAGCUGGCCAAUCACACAGCCUCCCUCAAAUUGGAGCAAGAUGUCACCAAGGGUCCCGGUCCGAUGGGUCCAUCCCGUUUGGAGCUGUCGAAGCCGCUGAUAGCAGCAGUCAGUGGCUUCGCUGUGGCUGGAGGGCUGGAGCUGGCUCUGCUGGCAGACCUGAGAGUGGUGGAGGAGAGCGCCGUCAUGGGGGUGUUCUGUCGCCGGUUUGCUUUACAGGCAGCCCUGCAGUUAGCAGAGCAGAUCAGCUCCUUCCCUCAGCAGUGUCUGCGGGCCGACCGCUCCUCAGCCAUGUACAGCUGCUACGACGCUCCGUCCUUCACACAGGCCAUGCAGUAUGAGAUCGACCACGGAGUUCCUGUCAUCCAAUCAGAAGCUGUCGCUGGGGCAACCAGGUUCACUACUGGAGCUGGAAGAGGAGGAAAAUUCUCCUAGGAUUUAGUUUGCAGAGGCCUUGUGAAAUUGUGAUUUUCAGGUGACCUAACACAUCUUGCUGCAUCCAUGUUGGAAGUGAAUGGUUACGUUUUCAAACCUACAGUAAAACUUUGACAAUACUGAACAGAA